GGAAAACGGACCUGGAGGUCUUUGUCUGCAGUGUGUGGCUGCUGUUACCUGGCCAGGGUUGCACACCUGCAGCUCUAUUUUUUCUCUGAGCGCUAAGGGACGAGCAGUUUGGCCUUUUCCACCGUUGUCUAGAUUUGCUUGUAUUGUUUCUAGCCACUGCUCAUGUAAUGCACUCCCUUAACCAGGAAAUUAAAGCGUUCUCCCGGAAUAAUCUCAGGAAGCAAUGUACCAGGGUGACAACGCUAACUGGAAAGAAAAUUAUAGAAACAUGGAAAGAUGCCAGAAUUCAUGUUGUGGAAGAAGUAGAGCCGAGCAGUGGGGGUAGUUGUGGUUAUGUGCAGGACCUUAGCUUGGACCUGCAUGUUGGUGUUAUUAAGCCUUGGUUGCUCCUUGGGUCACAAGAUGCUGCUCACGAUCUGGAUACUCUGAAAAAGCACAAGGUGACACAUAUUCUCAAUGUUGCAUAUGGAGUUGAAAAUACUUUCCUCAGUGACUUUAUAUAUAAGAGUAUUUCUAUAUUGGAUCUGCCUGAAACCAAUAUCCUGUCUUAUUUUCCAGAAUGUUUUGAGUUUAUUGAACAAGCAAAAAUGAAGGAUGGUGUGGUUCUUGUUCAUUGUAAUGCAGGAGUUUCCAGGGCUGCUGCAAUUGUAAUAGGUUUCCUGAUGAAUUCUGAAGAAAUCUCGUUCAUCAGUGCUUUUUCUUUGGUGAAAAAUGCAAGGCCUUCCAUAUGUCCAAAUGCGGGCUUCAUGGAGCAGCUUCGUACAUACCAAGAGGGCAAGGAAAGCAAUGAGUGUGACAACAUACAGGAAUUAGAAAAGGGUGACAGUUCAUGA